CCGGGAAGAAAUCCCCCCGGUGAUCAUUGUUGAUGAAGGCCCUGCCCCCGGGGCAGAUGAGGACAUGCAGGUGGCGAAGGUGCCGCCGGGAGUUCAGGGGCCAUCUUCCGAGGUCCUCAUGGUUUCCCUCCCGGCUGGUACGGCCGUGAUGAACGGUACGGCCGACCCGAGGGCGCUUCUGAGAGGCAUUACCCUCGAGAUUGACAGGGUUGCCCUCGGGGCUGAUGAAGACGAAGCCCUCGAGGACAGGAUCCUCCGGUCCUCCCUCACAACCUGCAUUGCCCUCGGGGAGCAAGCCCGGCGGCUAGAGGAGUGGCGCCUUCGCAAGGCCGAGCAGGAGGCCAAGAUGCGGGAGCUCAUCCGCCAGAAUGCAGACGCUGUUCGGCAGAUGGCCAUGCUGGAGGAGAG